AUGGAAACUCAUGUUACAUACGGGUUCGACAUUAAUAAUAUUACAAAUGGAUCAGGAUUCAACAAUAGUUUUUACUACAACCUUACAUCUGGUGAACACGAUGAUGUCAACAAUAAUGAUAGUAAUUUUGUCGAUGAUGUUGAUACUGCUUUUAGGGGGAAUAUCGCCAGUGACGUCCCUAUUGGAAUAAUAUUAAGUAUCAUCAGCUUGAUUACCUUCUUGGGAAAUGCGUUGGUCAUACAUGCUGUACGAACGGAGAAACGACUACAGACUGUGAGCAAUUAUUUUAUUCUCAGCUUAGCAGUAGCUGAUAUGUUGAUUGGAAUGGUGAUAAUGCCAUUGAGUACAAUGUAUUACUUAGCUCAUAGAUGGCCACUUGGAUUAGGCAUCUGUCAGAUGUGGUUGUCUCUGGACUAUGUGUGUUGUACAGCGUCUAUACUGAAUCUCUUUAUUUUGAGUUUAGACCGUUACUGGUCGAUUACGUCACCGUUAAAGUACUUGAGGCGACGUACGGGAAAACGCGCCUCGAUUUUGAUAUCAAUGGUGUGGGCAGUAUCAUUGUUAUGGGUUAUCCCUGUUACUGGAUGGCAUGCGUUCAGUCGAGGAGGCGAACGCGUCAUACUACAUGGACAUUGUGAUGCAGAGUUUCACAGAGAUACAAUAUUCAAAGUUGUUACGGGAGCUGUUAAUUUUUACAUCCCGAUGAUUAUAAUGGUAUGUCUCUAUGGAAGAAUUUUUCACGAAAUCAGGAAGCGGUCCAAUCUUAAUAUUGGGCGGUGUACUUAUGGACACGGCGUUUCUGUGACGACAGAUACUACUUAUGCCUAUGCCAAGGACUUUAGGAAAACAUCAGUUAAUGAUCACGAUUUUCACACAGAGUACGAAUUUGACAGUUCACAGAGUAAUGAAAGAGAUUCAGAAGUGAAAAACUUGGAACAAGAAGCAAGAUUUAACUUUACGAAUGUAGCUUUGCUCAGGCGACUAAAAAAUAUCAUACGAACAGACAGAAAUGCCAACCCAACUGUGGCUCGGAAUCUCGACAGUGAUCAACCUUCGUCAACUUCAAACGAAGACAAACUGUUACAUUCUGAAUCUUACGCGGAUGAUGACACCCUGAGGUUCAAUGGGACAACAUCCAACACAGAUUCGCCAAACGGGCAGAUAUGUAUUUUAAGGCCUCCACCGACACCCCACCUAAAUGUAAAUAACAGGAGAAUAACAAAAACUCCAGAACCUGAAGUAAUUUGGAGACGGAGAUCGGAGGAUGAACUUAAACCUCCUCCAAUGCAUUUCGGGAAAAAUGUCAAAAACCAUUCACCAAGCACUCCGAUGCAACGUAGCAAUGCCAGGAGAUCGCCAUAUCAUGUUAGCGCCACACACCUCACUGUGACGUCACCGGGCAUGAAAACCCGGAAGCUGGAAGUUACCAGCGGCAUUGCACCAAAAAACUCUAAGAAAAACACGUUUAAACUCGGAAAACUUGAACACUUUUUAAAAGCUCCUCGCAAGAAGCGUUUUUCUGCCACUUUAAAUAGAGAACGUAAAGCAGCUAAACAAUUAGGGGUCAUCAUGGGAUGUUUUAUACUCUGCUGGCUUCCCUAUUUCAUUCUCUUUUUAAUAGUUGCACUCUGCAAGGACUGUAUACCAGAAAACAUUUACUAUGCCACUAUUUGGUUGGGGUAUGUCAAUUCAACACUUAAUCCUUUCCUGUAUCCACUUUGUAACCAUAAUUUUAGGCGAGCAUUUAGGAGAAUAUUACAUUUACAAAAUCCCAGAAAAAAGAAGUAG